GGAAGUCUCCUAAUUAUUCAACAAACGGAAGUUGGUUGUGGAACAUGAGUAGUUAGAGUUUGAAGCAGCAUUUGAUAUUGUAGAGCAAAACACAGCAUCAAAUUUAUGGACGAUGGCUUCAACAAACGAAGUUGAGAAUGUUACUGACUCUCUGGCUAAAACGUCUGUAAAGCACGUCAACGUGGUGUGUUUGGCUGACAGUGGACGGAAACUGGACACAGCGGAAGAUGUUGCUGAGAUUGUAAAGAAAAUUGAAGAAAGUCAAGAUGUGCAAGCCCUAUCAUUGGAGGGGAAUACCCUUGGUGUGGAGGCUGCAAAGGCCAUUGCACAAGCAUUGUCCAAACGAAAGGAAUUUGAGAAAGCUUUAUGGAAUGAUAUGUUUACUGGAAGAUUAAAAGCAGAGAUACCAAAAGCUCUGGAAAGUCUUGGUGAUGCUGUAAUAACUGCAGGGGCUCAACUUUCAGAGUUGGAUUUAUGUGACAAUGCAUUUGGACCUGAUGGUGUGAAAUCAGUAUCAAAACUUCUGAAAAGUCCGUCUUGUUUUUCCUUAAAAACUUUGAAAUUUAAUAAUAAUGGUCUGGGAAUUGGUGGGGAAAAGAUUUUGUCAGAGGCCUUAUUAGAAUGUCACAAAGCAAGUGUUGCUGCUGGCACUCCUUUAAAGCUUCGUUUUGUUGCUGGACGAAAUAGAUUGGAAAAUGAAGGGAGUAUUGCAUUGGCUAGAGCUUUUACGGAAAUUGGAACUCUUGAAGAAAUCUCCAUGCCUCAAAAUGGUAUAAAUCAUCCUGGAAUAUCAGCUUUGGCCAAGUCUUUUGAACAUAACAUUGCUCUUAAAGUUGUGAAUUUGAAUGACAAUACAUUUACUGCUAAGGGUGCAAUAGCUAUGUCAAAGGUUCUUCCUAGCCUUACAAAUUUAGAAGUUAUUAACUUUGGUGAUUGUUUGGUAAAGUCAAAAGGAGCAAGUGCCAUUGCAGAUGCUCUAAAAACAAACCAUGCUAAAUUGAAGGAAUUGAUUUUAACAUUUUGUGAAAUAAACAAAGAUGCAGCUUUGCAAGUUGUAGAGUCAUUGGAAAACAAAAAAGAAUUUAAAAAACUUUAUCUAAAUGGUAACUCUAUAGGAGAAGAUGGCAUAAAAGAAGUUCAAAAUAGAUUAAUCGAGCUUAAACUUGACAAUGUUCUUGAUUCAAUGAGUGAUGAUGAAGGUGAAGAUUCUGAAACUGAUGAUGAUGAAAGCGAUGAAGAAGAUGAAGAUGGUGGCGACGAAGAAAAAGAAAAAGUCAAUGAUGAAAAGAUAAAAUCUGAACAGGACGAUGUAAAAAGCGCUGAGAAAUUUUUGCUUCAUCCGUCUUUGGAAAGUUUUACAAACUUGCCACAUGAAAACAGAGUUGAACUUAUACAGAGAAGUUUGAAGGCGUGUAUAAAUGAUGCGAUGUCUAUUUGUAAAUUAUUUGUAGAGGUGUCCUCUAUGAUUCACAACACUCGUGAUUUUCUUCCGUGUACAGACUUGAUUCUACGUGAAGCCUUCUCAGUUUGCGAUAAGCCUGAAACAGUUAUAAACGAUUUACUCGUUUUCAUGGGAUUAUUAAAGAGUGAAGAGAAGAUCAAACCAACUUGUCAAGAUAUCACUGGUGUUUUAUUGGCACUUGAUAACGCUAUAAAACAGGAAUAUUUUCCCAAAGAUUGUGCUUUUAUUUUAACCGCCUUCUUGUCAAAACAAAAUACAACAGUCACGUGUUUACCAUCGGCAAAAAGCUCCUUUCUCGAAACGCUAAAACAGUUAUAAAUAAAUCUUUGUACACUAAGUUUUAUAACGAAAUACAUUAAACAUCAGACUUCGCCA